AUGGCGAAGCGAGAAAAUGACGAUUUUGCGCGCAGAGAAGACUGUUCUUUGAGACAUCCAUCGCUGGUGAAGAAGGUGGCUUCGUCCCAUUUUUUCAGUUCACCUUCUCCGACAGCAACCAGGAUUGGUUCAAAUUGUAAAGUUACAAUGGCAUUCAAAGAACCGAGAGACUACCAAGUCGCAUCCGGUGUGAACAAGUGA